AUGAUUACGCCUCAAGAUGGACUCCAAAGAAACAAAAUAAAAGAAUCAGAAUUCUUUGAAUAUUUGUCAGCAAGGAAAACGACCGAAACGAACGACUAUUUUCACUAUUUGAAAAAUAACGCAAAUAGAAAUACAGGUUCCCAUGAAUCAUUGCAAAGUUAUAACUUUUCCCAUUUAAAAAAGAAACAUAUCUAUUUAUCAAACAACAUAACGAAGCCAAUCAUUAAAGCGGGAUAUUUAAAUAUUAUGGUCUCCAAAAAUAUUAUAAUAUCAAAAUGGCAUCCGAGCAAUACUAUUGAGCCCGAACGAAACCCACUACAACGCUCAGGAACAAAACGUUACAUGAGAGGAGAAAACUUAGUAUUGAAAGCAAGAAACCAAAUAAUAUUACGAGAUCAGACGACGCCAAUGAAUAAUACGGCCAUGAAUCUAUCAACUUCGGAUUCAACAUCAACGUGCGAAUUAUGUUCAGAGUCGAUGGAUACAACAAUAAAUCCAGAGUCGCCUUGCGAACUUUGUACUGAGUUAACUGGGUUAACCAGUACAUAUUCCUCUUCCGAUGAACCCUGUGAUGAAUGCUCGGAAUUUGUAUCAAUAACUUCUAGUAUUCGAUAUCCAAACUCAUCAUAUAUGCACCAAAAAACCUCGAUGGAUACAACAAUAAUUCCAGAGUCGCCUUGCGAACUUUGUACUGAGUUAACUGGGUUAACCAGUACAUAUUCCUCUUCCGAUGAACCCUGUGAUGAAUGCUCGGAAUUUUCAAGUUUUCCUGCAUGUGAUUGUACCUGCGAAUUAGAAAAUGGCAAAGAUUCAUGCAUCUGCGAGUGCAGUCUUAACCGCAGCACUUCAGAAGACAGGAAAAGUAUAUCAGAUAGUGCAUCCAAAAAGUCUCCACUCACCGAAUCAAAUCAAUCGAAAAUUAGUCAAACAGCUCGAAAAGAAUUUAGCGAACAAUUUAAAGCUCAAUCAAGUGCAAUAUCAACAAGUCAGCUUAAACAGUCAAGUGUUCCUGUAUGUGAUUGUACCUGCCAGUUAAAGAAGGGAACGGACUCAUGCAUCUGCGAAUGUAUUUUUACAAGCAGCACUUCGGAAAGCACGAAAGGUGUAACAGAAAGUGCAUUCGAGCAGUCAACAGCCAACCAAUCAAAUCAAUACAGUACACCUAGAAGUUCAUUUCAGAUUUAUAGUACAGAAAAAUACCAAAUAGUUUCAGAGGAAAAAACCAAACUGCCUGAAUCAAGUACAACAUCAGGCAGUUCACUUCAAGUUUUGACUACACUUAAAGAUCGAAUAACUGAAAAUGAAAUUAAUAAAAUAUCGGAAUCUCAACGUCAAUCGAGUACAACAUCAGGUACGUCAUUUGAAAUUUCUAGUACAGGAGAAUACUCUAUUCCACCAAAGGAAGAAACAAAGAAGUUGGAAUCUCCGCUUCAAUCAAGAACAUCAUCCGGAAGUCUAUUUAAAAUUUCGAAUGCAGCAAAAGAUCGAAUAACUCAAGAGGAACUUACUGAAAUAUCGCAAUCUUUACCUCAAUCGACUACAAUAUCAAGUAGUUCAUUUGAAAUGUCUAGUACGGAAAAAUACAAAACACCUACAGAAGAAACAGCAAGAUGGUCGGAGCCUUCACCACAAUUAAGUUUAACAUCAGGACAGUCUUUUGAAACUUCACGCUCAAAGAAAUUCCAAAUAACUUCGGCGAUAAGAAGUAAACCAUCAAAAUAUCCAACACCUAAUAUGUCGGUUUCAGAAAUUAGUCAAACAGCUCGAAAAGAAUUUAGCGAACUAUUUAAAUCUCAAUCAAGUGCAAUAUCAACAAGUCAGUUUGAACAGUCAAGUGUUCCUGUAUGUGAUUGUACCUGCCAGUUAAAGAAGGGAACGGACUCAUGCAUCUGCGAAUGUAUUUUUACAAGCAGCACUUCGGAAAGCACGAAAGGUGUAACAGAAAGUGCAUUCGAGCAGUCAACAGCCAACCAAUCAAAUCAAUACAGUACACCUAGAAGUUCAUUUCAGAUUUAUAGUACAGAAAAAUACCAAAUAGUUUCAGAGGAAAAAACCAAACUGCCUGAAUCAAGUACAACAUCAGGCAGUUCACUUCAAGUUUUGACUACACUUAAAGAUCGAAUAACUGAAAAUGAAAUUAAUAAAAUAUCGGAAUCUCAACGUCAAUCGAGUACAACAUCAGGUACGUCAUUUGAAAUUUCUAGUACAGGAGAAUACUCUAUUCCACCAAAGGAAGAAACAAAGAAGUUGGAAUCUCCGCUUCAAUCAAGAACAUCAUCCGGAAGUCUAUUUAAAAUUUCGAAUGCAGCAAAAGAUCGAAUAACUCAAGAGGAACUUACUGAAAUAUCGCAAUCUUUACCUCAAUCGACUACAAUAUCAAGUAGUUCAUUUGAAAUGUCUAGUACGGAAAAAUACGAAACACCUACAGAAGAAACAGCAAGAUGGUCGGAGCCUUCACGACAAUUAAGUUCUAUAUCAGGACAGUCUUUUAAAACUUCAAGCUCAAAGAAAUUUGAAAUAACUUCGGCGAUAAGAAGUAAACCAUCAAAAUAUCCAACACCUAAGAUGUCGGUUUCAGAAAUUAGUCAAACAGCUCGAAAAGAAUUUAGCGAACAAUUUAAAUCUCAAUCAAGUGCAAUAACAACAAGUCAGUUUGAACAGUCAAGUGUUCCUGUAUGUGAUUGUACCUGCCAGUUAAAGAAGGGAACGGACUCAUGCAUCUGCGAAUGUAUUUUUACAAGCAGCACUUCGGAAAGCACGAAAGGUGUAACAGAAAGUGCAUUCGAGCAGUCAACAGCCAACCAAUCAAAUCAGUACAGUACACCUAGAAGUUCAUUUCAGAUUUAUAGUACAGAAAAAAACCAAAUAGUUUCAGAGGAAAAAACCAAACUGCCUGAAUCAAGUACAACAUCAGGCAGUUCACUUCAAGUUUUGACUACACUUAAGGAUCGAAUAACUGAAAAUGAAAUUAAUAAAAUACCGGAAUCUCUACCUCAAUCGAGUACAAUAUCAAGUUCAUCUUUUGAUAUUUCUAGUACAAGAAAAUACUCUAUUCCACCAGAGAAAGAAUCAAAGAAGUUGGAAUCUCCGCUUCAAUCAAGAACAACAUCCGAAAGCUUAUUUAAAAUUUCUACUACAGUAAAAGAUCGAAUAACUCAAGAGGAACUUACUGAAAUAACGCAAUCUUUACCUCAAUCCAGUGCAAUAUCAAGUAGAUCAUUUGAAAUGUCUAGUACAGAAAAAUACGAAACACCUACAGAAGAAAAAGCAAGAUGGUCGGAGCCUUCACCACAAUUAAGUUUAACAUCAGGACAGUCUUUUGAAACUUCAAGCUCAAAGAGAUUCCAAACAACUUCCGCGGUGAAAAGUAAACCCUCAAAAUAUCUAACACCUAAUAUUCAAACAGCUCGAAAAGAAUUUAGCGAACAAUUUAAAUCUCAAUCAAGUGCAAUAUCAACAAGUCAGUUUGAACAGUCAAGUGUUCCUGUAUGUGAUUGUACCUGCCAGUUAAAGAAGGGAACGGACUCAUGCAUCUGCGAAUGUAUUUUUACAAGCAGCACUUCGGAAAGCACGAAAGGUGUAACAGAAAAAAAAUACCAAAUAGUUUCAGAGGAAAAAACCAAACUGCCUGAAUCAAGUACAACAUCAGGCAGUUCACUUCAAGUUUUGACUACACUUAAAGAUCGAGUAACUGAAAAUAAACUUAAUAAAAUAUCGGAAUCUCUUCCUCAAUCGAGUACAAUAUCAAGUACAUCAUUUGAAAUUUCUAGUACAGGAAAAUACUCUAUUCCACCAAAGGAAGAAACAAAGAAGUUGGAAUCUCAGCUUCAAUCAAGGACAUCAUCCGGAAGUCUAUUUAAAAUUUCGACUGCAGCAAAAGAUCGAAUAACUCAAGAGAAACUUACUGAAAUAUCGCAAUCUCUACCUCAAUCGACUACAAUAUCAAGUAGAUCAUUUGAAAUGUCUAGUACGGAAAAAUACGAAACACCUACAGAAGAAAAAGCAAGAUGGUCGGAGCCUUCACCACAAUUAAGUUUAACAUCAGGACAGUCUUUUGAAACUUCAAGCUCAAAGAGAUUCCAAACAACUUCCGCGGUGAAAAGUAAACCCUCAAAAUAUCUAACACCUAAUAUGUGGGUUACAGAAAUUGGUCAAACAGCUCGAAAAGAAUUUAGCGAAAUAUUUAAAUCUCAAUCAAGUCUAAUAUCAGCAGGUGUAACAGAAAGUGCGUUCGAGCAGUCAACAGUCAACCAAUCAAAUCAAUACAGUACAUCUAAAAGUUCUUUUCAGAUUCAUAGUACAGAAAAAUACCAAAUAGUUUCAGAGGAAAAAACAAAACUGCCGGAAUCUCCGGCUGAAUCAAGUACAACAUCAGGCAGUUCACUUCAAGUUUUGACUACACUUAAAGAUCGAGUAACUGAAAAUAAAAUUAAUAAAAUAUCGGAAUCUCUACCGCAAUCGAGUACAAUAUCAAGUACAUCAUUUGAAAUUUCUAGUACAGGAAAAUACUCUAUUCCACCAAAGGAAGAAACAAAGAAGUUGGAAUCUCCGCUUCAAUCAAGAACAUCAUCCAGAAGUCUAUUUAAAAUUUCGACUGCAGCAAAAGAUCGAAUACCUCAAGAGGAACUUACUGAAAUAUCGCAACCUCUACCUCAAUCGACUACAAUAUCAAGUAGAUCAUUUGAAAUGUCUAGUACGGAAAAAUACGAAACACCUACAGAAGAAACAGCAAGAUGGUCGGAGCCUUCACGACAAUUAAGUUCUAUAUCAGGACAGUCUUUUAAAACUUCAAGCUCAAAGAAAUUCCAAAUAACUUCGGCGAUAAGAAGUAAACCAUCAAAAUAUCCAACACCUAAUAUGUCGGUUUCAGAAAUUAGUCAAACAGCUCGAAAAGAAUUUAGCGAAUUUUUUAAAUCUCAAUCAAGUGCAAUAUCAACAAGUCAGUUUGAAGAGUCAAGUGUUCCUGUAUGUGAUUGUACCUGCCAGUUAAAGAAGGGAACGGACUCAUGCAUCUGCGAAUGUAUUUUUACAAGCAGCACUUCGGAAAGCACGAAAGGUGUAACAGAAAGUGCAUUCGAGCAGUCAACAGCCAACCAAUCAAAUCAAUACAGUACACCUAGAAGUUCAUUUCAGAUUUAUAGUACAGAAAAAUACCAAAUAGUUUCAGAGGAAAAAACCAAACUGCCUGAAUCAAGUACAACAUCAGGCAGUUCACUUCAAGUUUUGACUACACUUAAAGAUCGAAUAACUGAAAAUGAAAUUAAUAAAAUACCGGAAUCUCUACCUCAAUCGAGUACAAUAUCAAGUACAUCAUUUGAAAUUUCUAGUACAAGAAAAUACUCUUUUCCACCAGAGAAAGAAUCAAAGAAGUUAGAAUCUCCGCUUCAAUCAAGGACAACAUCCGAAAGCUUAUUUAAAAUUUCUACUACAGCAAAAGAUCGAAUAACUCAAGAGGAACUUACUGAAAUAACGCAAUCUUUACCUCAAUCCAGUGCAAUAUCAAGUAGAUCAUUUGAAAUGUCUAGUUCAGAAAAAUACGAAACACCUACAGAAGAAACAGCGAGAUGGUCGGAGCCUUCACCACAAUUAAGUUUAACAUCAGGACAGUCUUUUGAAACUUCAAGCUCAAAGAGAUUCCAAACAACUUCCGCGGUGAAAAGUAAACCCUCAAAAUAUCCAACACCUAAUAUGUCGGUUACAGAAAGUGGUCAAACAGCUCGAAAAGAAUUUAGCGAACUAUUUAAAUCUCAAUCAAGUGCAAUAUCAACAAGUCAGUUUGAACAGUCAAGUGUUCCUGUAUGUGAUUGUACCUGCCAGUUAAAGAAGGGAACGGACUCAUGCAUCUGCGAAUGUAUUUUUAAAAGCAGCACUUCGGAAAGUACGAAAGGUGUAAGAGAAAGUGCAUUCGAGCAGUCAACAGCCAACCAAUCAAAUCAAUACAGUACACCUAGAAGUUCAUUUCAGAUUUAUAGUACAGAAAAAUACCAAAUAGUUUCAGAGGAAAAAACCAAACUGCCUGAAUCAAGUACAACAUCAGGCAGUUCACUUCAAGUUUUGACUACACUUAAAGAUCGAGUAACUGAAAAUAAACUUAAUAAAAUAUCGGAAUCUCUUCCUCAAUCGAGUACAAUAUCAAGUACAUCAUUUGAAAUUUCUAGUACAGGAAAAUACUCUAUUCCACCAAAGGAAGAAACAAAGAAGUUGGAAUCUCAGCUUCAAUCAAGGACAUCAUCCGGAAGUCUAUUUAAAAUUUCGACUGCAGCAAAAGAUCGAAUAACUCAAGAGGAACUUACUGAAAUAUCGCAAUCUCUACCUCAAUCGACUACAAUAUCAAGUAGAUCAUUUGAAAUGUCUAGUACGGAAAAAUACGAAACACCUACAGAAGAAACAGCAAGAUGGUCGGAGCCUUCACGACAAUUAAGUUCUAUAUCAGGACAGUCUUUUAAAACUUCAAGCUCAAAGAAAUUCCAAAUAACUUCGGCGAUAAGAAGUAAACCAUCAAAAUAUCCAACACCUAAUAUGUCGGUUUCAGAAAUUAGUCAAACAGCUCGAAAAGAAUUUAGCGAACUAUUUAAAUCUCAAUCAAGUGCAAUAUCAACAAGUCAGUUUGAACAGUCAAGUGUUCCUGUAUGUGAUUGUACCUGCCAGUUAAAGAAGGGAACGGACUCAUGCAUCUGCGAAUGUAUUUUUACAAGCAGCACUUCGGAAAGCACGAAAGGUGUAACAGAAAGUGCAUUCGAGCAGUCAACAGCCAACCAAUCAAAUCAAUACAGUACACCUAGAAGUUCAUUUCAGAUUUAUAGUACAGAAAAAUACCAAAUAGUUUCAGAGGAAAAAACCAAACUUCCUGAAUCAAGUACAACAUCAGGCAGUUUACUUCAAGUUUUGACUACACUUAAAGAUCGAGUAACUGAAAAUAAAAUUAAUAAAAUAUCGGAAUCUCUACCUCAAUCGAGUACAAUAUCAAGUACAUCAUUUGAAAUUUCUAGUACAGGAAAAUACUCUAUUCCACCAAAGGAAGAAACAAAGAAGUUGGAAUCUCCGCUUCAAUCAAGAACAUCAUCCGGAAGUCUAUUUAAAAUUUCGACUGCAGCAAAAGAUCGAAUAACUCAAGAGGAACUUACUGAAAUAUCGCAAUCUCUACCUCAAUCGACUACAAUAUCAAGUAGAUCAUUUGAAAUGUCUAGUACGGAAAAAUACGAAACACCUACAGAAGAAACAGCAAGAUGGUCGGAGCCUUCACCACAACUAAGUUAUAUAUCAGGACAGUCUUUUAAAACUUCAAGCUCAAAGAAAUUCCAAAUAACUUCGGCGGUAAAAAGUAAACCAUCAAAAUAUCCAACACCUAAUAUGUCGGUUUCAGAAAUUAGUCAAACAGCUCGAAAAGAAUUUAGCGAACUAUUUAAAUCUCAAUCAAGUGCAAUAUCAACAAGUCAGUUUGAACAGUCAAGUGUUCCUGUAUGUGAUUGUACCUGCCAGUUAAAGAAGGGAACGGACUCAUGCAUCUGCGAAUGUAUUUUUACAAGCAGCACUUCGGAAAGCACGAAAGGUGUAACAGAAAGUGCAUUCGAGCAGUCAACAGCCAACCAAUCAAAUCAAUACAGUACACCUAGAAGUUCAUUUCAGAUUUAUAGUACAGAAAAAUACCAAAUAGUUUCAGAGGAAAAAACAAAACUGCCGGAAUCUCCGCCUGAAUCAAGUACAACAUCAGGCAGUUCACUUCAAAUUUCGACUACACUAAAAGAUCGAAUAACUGAAAAGGAAAUUAAUAAAAUACCGGAAUCUCUACCUCAAUCGAGUACAAUAUCAAGUACAUCAUUUGAAAUUUCUAGUACAGGAAAAUACUCUUUUCCACCAGAGAAAGAAUCAAAGAAGUUGGAAUCUCCGCUUCAAUCAAGGACAACAUCCGAAAGCUUAUUUAAAAUUUCUACUACAGCAAAAGAUCGAAUAACUCAAGAGGAACUUACUGAAAUAUCGCAAUCUCUACCUCAAUCGACUACAAUAUCAAGUAGAUCAUUUGAAAUGUCUAGUACGGAAAAAUACGAAACACCUACAGAAGAAACAGCAAGAUGGUCGGAGCCUUCACGACAAUUAAGUUCUAUAUCAGGACAGUCUUUUAAAACUUCAAGCUCAAAGAAAUUCCAAAUAACUUCGGCGAUAAGAAGUAAACCAUCAAAAUAUCCAACACCUAAUAUGUCGGUUUCAGAAAUUAGUCAAACAGCUCGAAAAGAAUUUAGCGAAUUUUUUAAAUCUCAAUCAAGUGCAAUAUCAACAAGUCAGUUUGAAGAGUCAAGUGUUCCUGUAUGUGAUUGUACCUGCCAGUUAAAGAAGGGAACGGACUCAUGCAUCUGCGAAUGUAUUUUUACAAGCAGCACUUCGGAAAGCACGAAAGGUGUAACAGAAAGUGCAUUCGAGCAGUCAACAGUCAACCAAUCAAAUCAAUACAGUACAUCUAAAAGUUCUUUUCAGAUUUAUAGUACAGAAAAAUACCAACUAGUUACAGAGGAAAAAACCAAACUGCCUGAAUCAAGUACAACAUCAGGCAGUUCACUUCAAGUUUUGACUACACUUAAAGAUCGAGUAACUGAAAAUAAAAUUAAUAAAAUAUCGGAAUCUCUACCUCAAUCGAGUACAAUAUCAAGUACAUCAUUUGAAAUUUCUAGUACAGGAAAAUACUCUAUUCCACCAAAGGAAGAAACAAAGAAGUUGGAAUCUCCGCUUCAAUCAAGGACAUCAUCCGGAAGUCUAUUUAAAAUUUCGACUGCAGCAAAAGAUCGAAUAACUCAAGAGGAACUUACUGAAAUAUCGCAAUCUCUACCUCAAUCGACUACAAUAUCAAGUAGAUCAUUUGAAAUGUCUAGUACGGAAAAAUACGAAACACCUACAGAAGAAACAGCAAGAUGGUCGGAGCCUUCACCACAACUAAGUUAUAUAUCAGGACAGUCUUUUAAAACUUCAAGCUCAAAGAAAUUCCAAAUAACUUCGGCGGUAAAAAGUAAACCAUCAAAAUAUCCAACACCUAAUAUGUCGGUUUCAGAAAUUAGUCAAACAGCUCGAAAAGAAUUUAGCGAACUAUUUAAAUCUCAAUCAAGUGCAAUAUCAACAAGUCAGUUUGAACAGUCAAGUGUUCCUGUAUGUGAUUGUACCUGCCAGUUAAAGAAGGGAACGGACUCAUGCAUCUGCGAAUGUAUUUUUACAAGCAGCACUUCGGAAAGCUCGAAAGGUGUAACAGAAAGUGCAUUCGAGCAGUCAACAGCCAACCAAUCAAAUCAAUACAGUACAUCUAGAAGUUCAUUUCAGAUUUAUAGUACAGAAAAAUACCAAAUAGUUUCAGCGGAAAAAUCCAAACUGCUUGAAUCAAGUACAACAUCAGGCAGUUCACUUCAAGUUUUGACUACACUUAAAGAUCGAAUAACUGAAAAUGAAAUUAAUAAAAUACCGGAAUCUCUACCUCAAUCGAGUACAAUAUCAAGUACAUCAUUUAAAAUUUCUAGUACAGGAAAAUACUCUUUUCCACCAGAGAAAGAAUCAAAGAAGUUGGAAUCUCCGCUUCAAUCAAGGACAACAUCCGAAAGCUUAUUUAAAAUUUCUACUACAGCAAAAGAUCGAAUAACUCAAGAGGAACUUACUGAAAUAACGCAAUCUUUACCUCAAUCCAGUGCAAUAUCAAGUAGAUCAUUUGAAAUGUCUAGUACAGAAAAAUACGAAACACCUACAGAAGAAACAGCAAGAUGGUCGGAGCCUUCACCACAAUUAAGUUUAACAUCAGGACAGUCUUUUGAAACUUCACGCUCAAAGAAAUUCCAAAUAACUUCGGCGAUAAGAAGUAAACCAUCAAAAUAUCCAACACCUAAUAUGUCGGUUUCAGAAAUUAGUCAAACAGCUCGAAAAGAAUUUAGCGAACUAUUUAAAUCUCAAUCAAGUGCAAUAUCAACAAGUCAGUUUGAACAGUCAAGUGUUCCUGUAUGUGAUUGUACCUGCCAGUUAAAGAAGGGAACGGACUCAUGCAUCUGCGAAUGUAUUUUUACAAGCAGCACUUCGGAAAGCACGAAAGGUGUAACAGAAAGUGCAUUCGAGCAGUCAACAGCCAACCAAUCAAAUCAAUACAGUACACCUAGAAGUUCAUUUCAGAUUUAUAGUACAGAAAAAUACCAAAUAGUUUCAGAGGAAAAAACCAAACUUCCUGAAUCAAGUACAACAUCAGGCAGUUUACUUCAAGUUUUGACUACACUUAAAGAUCGAGUAACUGAAAAUAAAAUUAAUAAAAUAUCGGAAUCUCUACCUCAAUCGAGUACAAUAUCAAGUACAUCAUUUGAAAUUUCUAGUACAGGAAAAUACUCUAUUCCACCAAAGGAAGAAACAAAGAAGUUGGAAUCUCCGCUUCAAUCAAGGACAUCAUCCGGAAGUCUAUUUAAAAUUUCGACUGCAGCAAAAGAUCGAAUAACUCAAGAGAAACUUACUGAAAUAUCGCAAUCUCUACCUCAAUCGACUACAAUAUCAAGUAGAUCAUUUGAAAUGUCUAGUACGGAAAAAUACGAAACACCUACAGAAGAAACAGCAAGAUGGUCGGAGCCUUCACCACAACUAAGUUAUAUAUCAGGACAGUCUUUUAAAACUUCAAGCUCAAAGAAAUUCCAAAUAACUUCGGCGGUAAAAAGUAAACCAUCAAAAUAUCCAACACCUAAUAUGUCGGUUUCAGAAAUUAGUCAAACAGCUCGAAAAGAAUUUAGCGAACUAUUUAAAUCUCAAUCAAGUGCAAUAUCAACAAGUCAGUUUGAACAGUCAAGUGUUCCUGUAUGUGAUUGUACCUGCCAGUUAAAGAAGGGAACGGACUCAUGCAUCUGCGAAUGUAUUUUUACAAGCAGCACUUCGGAAAGCACGAAAGGUGUAACAGAAAGUGCAUUCGAGCAGUCAACAGUCAACCAAUCAAAUCAAUACAGUACAUCUAAAAGUUCUUUUCAGAUUUAUAGUACAGAAAAAUACCAACUAGUUACAGAGGAAAAAACCAAACUGCCUGAAUCAAGUACAACAUCAGGCAGUUCACUUCAAGUUUUGACUACACUUAAAGAUCGAGUAACUGAAAAUAAAAUUAAUAAAAUAUCGGAAUCUCUACCUCAAUCGAGUACAAUAUCAAGUACAUCAUUUGAAAUUUCUAGUACAGGAAAAUACUCUAUUCCACCAAAGGAAGAAACAAAGAAGUUGGAAUCUCCGCUUCAAUCAAGGACAUCAUCCGGAAGUCUAUUUAAAAUUUCGACUGCAGCAAAAGAUCGAAUAACUCAAGAGGAACUUACUGAAAUAUCGCAAUCUCUACCUCAAUCGACUACAAUAUCAAGUAGAUCAUUUGAAAUGUCUAGUACGGAAAAAUACGAAACACCUACAGAAGAAACAGCAAGAUGGUCGGAGCCUUCACCACAACUAAGUUAUAUAUCAGGACAGUCUUUUAAAACUUCAAGCUCAAAGAAAUUCCAAAUAACUUCGGCGGUAAAAAGUAAACCAUCAAAAUAUCCAACACCUAAUAUGUCGGUUUCAGAAAUUAGUCAAACAGCUCGAAAAGAAUUUAGCGAACUAUUUAAAUCUCAAUCAAGUGCAAUAUCAACAAGUCAGUUUGAACAGUCAAGUGUUCCUGUAUGUGAUUGUACCUGCCAGUUAAAGAAGGGAACGGACUCAUGCAUCUGCGAAUGUAUUUUUACAAGCAGCACUUCGGAAAGCUCGAAAGGUGUAACAGAAAGUGCAUUCGAGCAGUCAACAGCCAACCAAUCAAAUCAAUACAGUACAUCUAGAAGUUCAUUUCAGAUUUAUAGUACAGAAAAAUACCAAAUAGUUUCAGCGGAAAAAUCCAAACUGCUUGAAUCAAGUACAACAUCAGGCAGUUCACUUCAAGUUUUGACUACACUUAAAGAUCGAAUAACUGAAAAUGAAAUUAAUAAAAUACCGGAAUCUCUACCUCAAUCGAGUACAAUAUCAAGUACAUCAUUUAAAAUUUCUAGUACAGGAAAAUACUCUUUUCCACCAGAGAAAGAAUCAAAGAAGUUGGAAUCUCCGCUUCAAUCAAGGACAACAUCCGAAAGCUUAUUUAAAAUUUCUACUACAGCAAAAGAUCGAAUAACUCAAGAGGAACUUACUGAAAUAACGCAAUCUUUACCUCAAUCCAGUGCAAUAUCAAGUAGAUCAUUUGAAAUGUCUAGUACAGAAAAAUACGAAACACCUACAGAAGAAACAGCAAGAUGGUCGGAGCCUUCACCACAAUUAAGUUUAACAUCAGGACAGUCUUUUGAAACUUCACGCUCAAAGAAAUUCCAAAUAACUUCGGCGAUAAGAAGUAAACCAUCAAAAUAUCCAACACCUAAUAUGUCGGUUUCAGAAAUUAGUCAAACAGCUCGAAAAGAAUUUAGCGAACUAUUUAAAUCUCAAUCAAGUGCAAUAUCAACAAGUCAGUUUGAACAGUCAAGUGUUCCUGUAUGUGAUUGUACCUGCCAGUUAAAGAAGGGAACGGACUCAUGCAUCUGCGAAUGUAUUUUUACAAGCAGCACUUCGGAAAGCACGAAAGGUGUAACAGAAAGUGCAUUCGAGCAGUCAACAGCCAACCAAUCAAAUCAAUACAGUACACCUAGAAGUUCAUUUCAGAUUUAUGGUACAGAAAAAUACCAAAUAGUUUCAGAGGAAAAAACCAAACUUCCUGAAUCAAGUACAACAUCAGGCAGUUUACUUCAAGUUUUGACUACACUUAAAGAUCGAGUAACUGAAAAUAAAAUUAAUAAAAUAUCGGAAUCUCUACCUCAAUCGAGUACAAUAUCAAGUACAUCAUUUGAAAUUUCUAGUACAGGAAAAUACUCUAUUCCACCAAAGGAAGAAACAAAGAAGUUGGAAUCUCCGCUUCAAUCAAGGACAUCAUCCGGAAGUCUAUUUAAAAUUUCGACUGCAGCAAAAGAUCGAAUAACUCAAGAGAAACUUACUGAAAUAUCGCAAUCUCUACCUCAAUCGACUACAAUAUCAAGUAGAUCAUUUGAAAUGUCUAGUACGGAAAAAUACGAAACACCUACAGAAGAAACAGCAAGAUGGUCGGAGCCUUCACCACAACUAAGUUAUAUAUCAGGACAGUCUUUUAAAACUUCAAGCUCAAAGAAAUUCCAAAUAACUUCGGCGGUAAAAAGUAAACCAUCAAAAUAUCCAACACCUAAUAUGUCGGUUUCAGAAAUUAGUCAAACAGCUCGAAAAGAAUUUAGCGAACUAUUUAAAUCUCAAUCAAGUGCAAUAUCAACAAGUCAGUUUGAACAGUCAAGUGUUCCUGUAUGUGAUUGUACCUGCCAGUUAAAGAAGGGAACGGACUCAUGCAUCUGCGAAUGUAUUUUUACAAGCAGCACUUCGGAAAGCACGAAAGGUGUAACAGAAAGUGCAUUCGAGCAGUCAACAGCCAACCAAUCAAAUCAAUACAGUACACCUAGAAGUUCAUUUCAGAUUUAUAGUACAGAAAAAUACCAAAUAGUUUCAGAGGAAAAAACAAAACUGCCGGAAUCUCCGCCUGAAUCAAGUACAACAUCAGGCAGUUCACUUCAAAUUUCGACUACACUAAAAGAUCGAAUAACUGAAAAGGAAAUUAAUAAAAUACCGGAAUCUCUACCUCAAUCGAGUACAAUAUCAAGUACAUCAUUUGAAAUUUCUAGUACAGGAAAAUACUCUUUUCCACCAGAGAAAGAAUCAAAGAAGUUGGAAUCUCCGCUUCAAUCAAGGACAACAUCCGAAAGCUUAUUUAAAAUUUCUACUACAGCAAAAGAUCGAAUAACUCAAGAGGAACUUACUGAAAUAUCGCAAUCUCUACCUCAAUCGACUACAAUAUCAAGUAGAUCAUUUGAAAUGUCUAGUACGGAAAAAUACGAAACACCUACAGAAGAAACAGCAAGAUGUACAGAAAAAUACCAACUAGUUACAGAGGAAAAAACCAAACUGCCUGAAUCAAGUACAACAUCAGGCAGUUCACUUCAAGUUUUGACUACACUUAAAGAUCGAGUAACUGAAAAUAAACUUAAUAAAAUAUCGGAAUCUCUUCCUCAAUCGAGUACAAUAUCAAGUACAUCAUUUGAAAUUUCUAGUACAGGAAAAUACUCUAUUCCACCAAAGGAAGAAACAAAGAAGUUGGAAUCUCCGCUUCAAUCAAGGACAUCAUCCGGAAGUCUAUUUAAAAUUUCGACUGCAGCAAAAGAUCGAAUAACUCAAGAGGAACUUACUGAAAUAUCGCAAUCUCUACCUCAAUCGACUACAAUAUCAAGUAGAUCAUUUGAAAUGUCUAGUACGGAAAAAUACGAAACACCUACAGAAGAAACAGCAAGAUGUACAGAAAAAUACCAACUAGUUACAGAGGAAAAAACCAAACUGCCUGAAUCAAGUACAACAUCAGGCAGUUCACUUCAAGUUUUGACUACACUUAAAGAUCGAGUAACUGAAAAUAAACUUAAUAAAAUAUCGGAAUCUCUUCCUCAAUCGAGUACAAUAUCAAGUACAUCAUUUGAAAUUUCUAGUACAGGAAAAUACUCUAUUCCACCAAAGGAAGAAACAAAGAAGUUGGAAUCUCCGCUUCAAUCAAGGACAUCAUCCGGAAGUCUAUUUAAAAUUUCGACUGCAGCAAAAGAUCGAAUAACUCAAGAGGAACUUACUGAAAUAUCGCAAUCUCUACCUCAAUCGACUACAAUAUCAAGUAGAUCAUUUGAAAUGUCUAGUACGGAAAAAUACGAAACACCUACAGAAGAAACAGCAAGAUGGUCGGAGCCUUCACGACAAUUAAGUUCUAUAUCAGGACAGUCUUUUAAAACUUCAAGCUCAAAGAAAUUCCAAAUAACUUCGGCGAUAAGAAGUAAACCAUCAAAAUAUCCAACACCUAAUAUGUCGGUUUCAGAAAUUAGUCAAACAGCUCGAAAAGAAUUUAGCGAACUAUUUAAAUCUCAAUCAAGUGCAAUAUCAACAAGUCAGUUUGAACAGUCAAGUGUUCCUGUAUGUGAUUGUACCUGCCAGUUAAAGAAGGGAACGGACUCAUGCAUCUGCGAAUGUAUUUUUACAAGCAGCACUUCGGAAAGCACGAAAGGUGUAACAGAAAGUGCAUUCGAGCAGUCAACAGCCAACCAAUCAAAUCAAUACAGUACAUCUAGAAGUUCAUUUCAGAUUUAUAGUACAGAAAAAUACCAAAUAGUUUCAGCGGAAAAAUCCAAACUGCUUGAAUCAAGUACAACAUCAGGCAGUUCACUUCAAGUUUUGACUACACUUAAAGAUCGAAUAACUGAAAAUGAAAUUAAUAAAAUACCGGAAUCUCUACCUCAAUCGAGUACAAUAUCAAGUACAUCAUUUGAAAUUUCUAGUACAGGAAUAUACUCUUUUCCACCAGAGAAAGAAUCAAAGAAGUUGGAAUCUCCGCUUCAAUCAAGGACAACAUCCGAAAGCUUAUUUAAAAUUUCUACUACAGCAAAAGAUCGAAUAACUCAAGAGGAACUUACUGAAAUAACGCAAUCUUUACCUCAAUCCAGUGCAAUAUCAAGUAGAUCAUUUGAAAUGUCUAGUACAGAAAAAUACAAAACACCUACAGAAGAAACAGCAAGAUGGUCGGAGCCUUCACCACAAUUAAGUUUAACAUCAGGACAGUCUUUUGAAACUUCACGCUCAAAGAAAUUCCAAAUAACUUCGGCGAUAAGAAGUAAACCAUCAAAAUAUCCAACACCUAAUAUGUCGGUUUCAGAAAUUAGUCAAACAGCUCGAAAAGAAUUUAGCGAACUAUUUAAAUCUCAAUCAAGUGCAAUAUCAACAAGUCAGUUUGAACAGUCAAGUGUUCCUGUAUGUGAUUGUACCUGCCAGUUAAAGAAGGGAACGGACUCAUGCAUCUGCGAAUGUAUUUUUACAAGCAGCACUUCGGAAAGCACGAAAGGUGUAACAGAAAGUGCAUUCGAGCAGUCAACAGCCAACCAAUCAAAUCAAUACAGUACACCUAGAAGUUCAUUUCAGAUUUAUAGUACAGAAAAAUACCAAAUAGUUUCAGAGGAAAAAACAAAACUGCCGGAAUCUCCGCCUGAAUCAAGUACAACAUCAGGCAGUUCACUUCAAAUUUCGACUACACUAAAAGAUCGAAUAACUGAAAAGGAAAUUAAUAAAAUACCGGAAUCUCAAUCGAGUACAAUAUCAGGUACAUCAGUUAAUUCUAUUCCUCAAUUGAGUACAAUAUCCAGUAGUAAUUUUCAAACAUUCUUCAGUUCAAAUGUCCACACAAUUGUUUCAAAGUCUAUUCCUCAACUGAGUACAAAAUCGAGUAGUUAUUUUCAAACAUCGAGUACAUCUUUUCCUCAAUUGAGUACAAUAUCCAGUAGUUAUUUUCAAACAUCGAGUUCAGAAAAAUACGAAUCUUUUCCUCAAUUGAGUACAAUAUCCAGUAGUUAUUUUCAAACAUCGAGUUCAUCGCCUACAAUAUCCAGUACUUCAGAUCAACUGUCCAGUACCGAAAAGGAAGAGAGAACUACAGAGGAAUACUUCACUUCAAGUGUCGAUACCUUAGUCCAAAUGUCCAGUACCGAAAAGAAAGAGAGAACAACAGAGGAAAAAUCUUCUUUUCCUCAAUUGAGUACAAUAUCCAGUCGUUAUUUUCAAACAUCGAGCUCAGAAAAGGAAGAGAGAACUACAGAGGAAAAAUCUACAUUUUCGGAGUCUCUACCGCAAUCAAGCAGAACUUCUUUUCCUCAAUUGAGUACAAUAUCCAGUAGUUAUUUUCAAACAUCGAGCUCAGAAAAAUACGAAUCUUUUCCUCAAUUGAGUACAAUAUCCAGUAGUUAUUUUCAAACAUCGAGCUCAGAAAUAUACGCAACAACUCCAGAGGAAAAUACUUCAAGAACUGCAGAGGAAAAAUCUACAUUUUCUGAAUCUCAACCGCAAUCAGAAGAGAGAACUACAAAGGAAAAAUCUACAUUUUCGGAAUCCCUACCGCAAUCAUCUUUUCCUCAAUUGAGUACAAUAUCACGUAGUUAUUUUCAAACAUCGAGCUCAUUCAGUACUUCAGUUCAACUGUCCAGUACCGAAAAGGAAGAAAGAACUACAGAGCAAAUGUCCAGUAUCGAAAAGGAAGAGACAACUACAGAGGAAAAAUCUUCUUUUCCUCAAUUGAGUACAAUAUCCAGUAGUUAUUUUCAAACAUCCAGUUCACAAUCGCCUACAAUAUCCAGUACCUUAGUCCAAAUGUACAGUACCGAAAAGGAAGAGAGAACUACAAAGGAAAAAUCUACAUUUUCGGAAUCCCUACGGCAAUCAAGCAGAACUUUUUCAAAAUCGCCUACAAUAUCCAGUACCUUAGUCCAAAUGUACAGUACCGAAAAGGAAGAGAGAACUACAAAGGAAAAAUCUACAUUUUCGGAAUCCCUACGGCAAUCAAGCAGAACUUUUUCAAAUACUUCAACUACAGAGGAAAAAUCUACAUUUUCGGAAUCUCAACCACAAUCGAGUGCAACAUUAUUGGAAUCAUCACUUCAAUCGCCAACAAUAUCCAGUACCUUAGUCCAAAUGUCCAGUACCGAAAAGGAAGAGAGAACUACAGAGGAAAAAUCUACAAAAUUAUUGAGAACUACAGAGGAAAAAUCUACAUUUUCGAAAUCUCUACCGCAAUCAAUAUCCAGUAGUUAUUUUCCAACAUCGAGUACAGAAAAAUACGAAAUAUCCAGUAGUUAUUUUCAAACAUCGAGUACAGAAAAAUACGAA